UCAAGUGCAGCGAUUUCGUACCAAGGUUUUCAGUAUUCGGACGUUUCUCCUAUUUAUAAGUUUGACACGAUAAUUUUUGUAAUACAUCCAACAUAUAAACUAUCAUGGUACUCAAUACUCACUCCAUUUUCUAUACAGAUCUGGUUGGCAAUGUUGAUUACCACCAUUGUGUUUGGAUUCAUCUUGACUAAAUUAUUGAAAGAUAAUCAUGGAAAUUCGUGGACUCUGAAGAAAUCUUAUUGGUUUCUUUUCACUACAUUAACUGCUCAAGGUGUUAAUAUGAAGUAUGUAAAUCGAUCAGCAUCUAGAUUAGCAUUUGGAAUUUGGUUAUUGUGCACUGUUAUUUUAUUAUGGGGAUAUGGUGGAAUUUUGAAAUCUUUUAUGACUUCAAAAGCUAGAGAAUCGGUUCCAACCACUUUCCGAGAAUUGUUAUCAGCCGUUGAAAACGAGGAAUAUUCUUGUAUUUCAAUACUGGAUAUUUCCGCUAUUGAUAAUUUAAUGUUUUCUGACUUAGAAUAUAUUAAACGUUUGUACUCUGGUAAGUACAAAGCGUACUGGGAAACGAAUAUAAAUACUCUUACACCAUUGUUUGGAAAUUACAAGGAGAAGUUAGCAGUGGUUACUUAUUCAUUUAAUGAAAAAUACUUUAAGAAGUACUUUCCUUCUAAGUAUCUGAUUUCCAAAGAAAGUGUACACCCAAAUUACUACGCUUUUUUCAUGAGAAGAGGUUUCACACAUAAAAGAAAACUGAACAGAGUAUUACGGGCAUUAUACGAAAAUGGUAUUAUUGGCAAAGUGCUUGGAAGAGAAUUGGUAGAAGAAGGUCUUGCUCCUGUUGAAAACGUACAACCGUUGUCUUUGGAGGACUUUUUUGGUCCUAUUCCAGGUCACUCAGAGAUGAAGCUAGACCUUGGCCACUUUAAUCAUCUAGUCUAUGCAUCAGCUCUAAAACUAAUAUUUCAUUCUCGUCUCAAUACAAUAAUAUACUUAUGUAACUAAAAUUUAAAAUGUAAUUCAAAAGAUAAUGCAAUUAUUACUGAAAUUAUUGUAAUUAAUA